AGAAGUUCCACAUAAUUGAAUUUAUUGACUUAUAAGCAAAAGAUGUUGAAGAUUUAUUGCAUUGCCUUCUUGGGGGUGUUCCCUUUAGUUUCCCUGGGAUCACCUUUGAUGGUUCCACUGGGUGACCGUUACUUUGUCUCCGAGUACAAAGCCUCGUUUGUUCAUGCUUUAGCAGUAUGUAAAAUGAUGGACAUGGAUUUGCUUAGCAUCCAAAGUGAAGCUGAGAGCGAAAGCGUAUAUGAUAUAAUGAAUUCUGCAGGUUUAGCCGUUGUCGGCAGGUCAUACUGGAUGGGUGGAGCUCACCUAGACGUUGAUACCUGGGUGUGGAUAGAUACGGGAAAACUUCUCACUUUUGUUAAAUGGGGAGCAAAUGAACCAAGCCUCCCUACCUCUGAAGAUUACUGUCUUCAAUUAGGGAAGGAUAAUGACGGCAGAAAUCCUCGCUUUUGGCAAUCCAGAUUAUGCUCAACUGAGAGCUAUUAUGUUUGUCAAGUGAAGGAAACUUAGAUUUAUGAUACCGCAUAAAUAAUCAUGUUAAAACUAAAUGCAGACGAUUAAAUAUUCUUAUUGUCCAAUUAA